CACAACUCGAGGCAGUGAUUGAUUUUGGGUCAGAUAUGGCACAAACUGAACCUUCUGUGGUCACCUCCGUGGAUAUCCGACCUAUCAGUGCAGACGAAACGGUCGCCCUACGCCAUGCAGUCCUGUGGCCGAACGUUCCCAUUGAUUCGGAGAUCAUCCGUCUACCCGAAGACGACUCGGGCUAUCAUCUGGGUGCGUUUGUUCAAGGAACAGGGACUCCCGUGGCCGUCAUAUCUGUCUUCAGGGAGGACAUGGCACCCACUUUGUUUCCGGUACGCUCCACAGACGCCUCCAGCUCGGAACAAUCGCACCCAGUCUCCUUUCGCUUUCGCAAGUUUGCAUGUUACCCUGCCUUCCAGGGCCGCGGGAUUGGCAGCGCGCUAUUAGCUCACACCAUGGACUAUUGUCGCACUGAUAUGGGCGCUGGGCUCUUGUGGUGCGAUGCGAGAGUGACGGCUGUGAGCUGGUAUGAGAAGAGAGGAUUGGAAGCGUUCGGAGAUACUUGGUUCAAGGGCACAUUGGAGUACAUAAAGAUGAGAAAGUUUCUUUAAAUCCAGCGUGUCGACCCUCAGGAGAGAUGUUGAUCGGUCCAACUGUGCAUGAGGUCCAUGAGCCACCGCAUGCACAAACAACUUGUAG